AUGGCUACCAACCUUCUAACAGGCGAUUUGAAGCAGGCGUUCCUACAGGUUGGACUGAAGAAAGAAGAUCGAGACGCAUUUUGUUUCCUGUUUGACGUGAACGGAACGAUAGAACAUUUGCGAUUUACGCGCGUACCGUUUGGGGUGGAGGCGAGUCCUUUCAUGCUCGGAGCAACAUUGGAACAUCAUUUUGAUUGUUACACAGCGGAAUUCCCUGAGACUGUGGAGGCAUUAAAGCAGAAUACUUAUGUGGACAAUCUUAUGAAGGCAGGAAGCAGCGCUGAGGAGUUAGUACAGUUCAAACAAGAAGCAACUGAGAUCCUAGAAGCAGCUAAGUUCCCUGUUCAUAAAUGGGAAUCGAAUAUACAAUCGUUAGACCAAGAGAAAAAUCCUACGAAAUUUCUUGGACACAAUUGGGACAAGCGAGCUGACACGUUAGAGAUUCCGAUAGCACCAGCCAACGUGGAAGAACCAGUUACAAAAAGGCAGAUUCUAAAGGAAUUGAGCAGUGUGUAUGACCCCUUGGGUAUCAUAUCCCCAGUCAUGGUCGAAGGGAAACGAAUCUACAGAGAGGCAUGUGACGAGAAGGUUGGAUGGAAUGGAGAGGUUUCGAGUAUCAUAGCGAAAGAUUGGUUGAAAUGGCGACGACAACUCAGAAAUGUGAGGAUUCCUCGAAGCAUUGCUCGGAGUGUAAGAAAGGUGAAGGCAAUUCACCUUCAUCUGUUUGCAGACGCCAGUUUCACGGCCUGUUCAGCCGUUACGAUAGCUGUAAUCGAACAUUCCAGUGGCAUCGUGAAAGGAAUGUGUGUCGAGAAUUGCGAAACGCAACACAUCGAUUGCAAGGCUAGAGUUGGUCAGUGGGCAAAUGGUGGCCAACAUGGCCAAGAACUUGAUGGAUGCAUUACGAAGUUUACCAAUCGCAUCGAUUACAGUGUGGAUGGAUAG